GUCAUAUUUCAUUUAUUUUAUGCCAUAUUUUCUAAUUUUUAGUUACCAUGACUACAACUGGUGACAAGAUUUUAGACUCUGCCCUAUCCAAGAUUGGUGCUAAAGACCUGUUCACACGUGAGUUAGAGUUGGCCUUGGAGAAUGGUGAGGUUGAUUUUGUUGUCCACUCUCUGAAAGAUUUGCCAACAAGAAUAGCAGAAAACCUGGUGAUAGGAUGUGUGUAUAAGAGAGACAGUGAGUUUGAUGCUGUAGUUAUGCACCCUAAACAUAAAGGAAAGAAAUUAGCAGACCUUCCUGAUGCAAGUGUUAUUGGUACAAGUUCCCUGAGAAGAGCAGCACAGCUACAAAGAAAAUUUCCAACUUUUAAAUUUGAAAGUAUUAGAGGUAACUUGAAUACCCGAUUCAAGAAACUGGACGAGGACACCAAGUAUGAUGCCAUCGUACUGGCGGAGGCUGGUCUACGUAGAAUGGGCUGGGAUGACAGGAUUGCACAGGUUGGACAAUUCUCUGAAUACAAGCAGCAAUAA